CUGGGGAUCCUGAUUUUCCUCAGCCCAGCCAGCAGCUCUAGAGUGCGGCUAGAGGAGGGUGGGGGCUGGGAGAGGAGGGAGGAAAAAGAAAAAGACUGAGAGAGGGAGAGAACGUCUUUGAAAGAGGAGGGGAAAGGAAGAGCAAGGGACUAUGAAGAAAGGGAGAGCCGCAGGGGAAGAAAGUGAAUGAGCGCUCCUGAAGCACAAAGAGGAGUGGCUGGGGGUGAGGGCGGAGGCAGGGCGGGGAGGGGAGUCGCCGCCCCUCCUGGCCGCACUCUUCCCUUCGGGUCCCUCUGCGAUGAUGCCGCUGGCAGUGAUGCUGCGAGGGCAGGCACCUGCUGCUCUGUAAUGAUUCAGCCCCGCUCGGCCGCCGCAUUAACACUACAGGAUGCUGUUGCUACUGCCACUGCUGCCUCUCCCGCCGCCGCUGCUGCCGCCGCCGCCAGCGCUGGUCCUGCUUUGGCUCCUACUUCUGCAUGACAGUUGUUUUCUCCAUCUAAGCAGAUACCAGCUUCAGAAGCUCGAGGUGAGGAACGUGCCUUUCAGUUUGGGCUACUGGUUUACGUAAUCGACCCGCCCUCGGGCAGCCGGGUUUCUAUUUUGGCCCCUGUCCUCUGGACCAGCCGGGAUGGUUUGGAGAAGCAUUUAAAAGAACUGCCAAAGUGGCCCCCAAACAGCGGUCAAGAAUUACAAUAUACUUUUGUUUGGUAGUUGCUAGAGGCUUUCCCCCCCUCUCCUUCCUGCCUCCUGAACUCCUCUUGCUUGUGAUAAUGGCCUUGGACUUGGACGACUUAUCGAUUUCCCCCUGUAAGAUGCUGUCUCAUUUGGUUGGGGGGGGCUCUGCAUGGUAAUGGACCGUGAGAGAGGCCAGGCCUUCUGGAGGUGAGCCGAUGGAGAUCUAUUCCCCAGACAUGUCUGAGGGGGCCCCCGAGAGGUCCUCCAGCCCCUCCACGCAGCUGAGUGCAGACCCGUCUCUGGAUGGGCUUCCGGCAGCAGAAGUCAUGCCAGAGACCCAGACUGAAGAUGGGAGAAGCUCCGGCCUCGUGGGCCUGGCGGUGCCCUGCUGCGUCUGCCUGGAAGCUGAGCGCCUGAGAGGUUGUCUCAACUCGGAGAAGAUCUGCAUUGUCCCCAUUCUGGCUUGCCUGGUCAGCCUCUGCCUCUGCAUUGCCGGCCUCAAGUGGGUCUUUGUGGACAAGAUAUUUGAGUAUGACUCCCCCACGCACCUUGACCCUGGGGGGUUAGGCCAGGACCCUAUUAUUUCUCUGGAUCCAACUGCUGCCUCAGCGGUGUGGGUAGCAUCUGAGGCAUACACUUCACCUGUCUCUAGGGCUCAGUCUGAAACUGAGGUUCAAGUUACACUGCAAGUUGACAAUGCUCUUGUGUCCUCUGAACCUUCCGCGGUACCCACCCCGAAGAAUCGUGUUUUUGCUUUUUCUUUCUUGCCGUCCACUGCACCGUCUUUCCCUCCCCCCACUCGGAACCCCGAGGUGAGAACACCCAAGUCAGCAACUCAGCCACAAACAACAGAAACUAAUCUCCAAACUGCUCCUAAACUUUCUACAUCUACAUCUACCACCGGAACAAGCCAUCUUGUAAAAUGUGCAGAGAAGGAGAAAACUUUCUGUGUGAAUGGAGGCGAGUGCUUCAUGGUGAAAGACCUUUCAAACCCCUCAAGAUACUUGUGCAAGUGCCCAAAUGAGUUUACUGGUGAUCGUUGCCAAAACUACGUAAUGGCCAGCUUCUACAAGCAUCUUGGGAUUGAAUUUAUGGAAGCAGAGGAGCUCUACCAGAAGAGGGUGCUGACCAUCACUGGCAUCUGCAUCGCCCUGCUAGUGGUCGGCAUCAUGUGUGUGGUGGCCUACUGCAAAACCAAGAAACAGCGGAAAAAGCUUCACGAUCGGCUUCGGCAGAGUCUUCGGUCCGAGCGCAACAACAUGGUCAACAUCGCCAACGGGCCUCACCACCCCAACCCACCCCCCGAGAACGUGCAGCUGGUGAAUCAAUACGUAUCUAAAAAUGUCAUCUCUAGUGAGCAUAUUGUUGAAAGAGAAGUGGAGACAUCUUUUUCCACCAGUCACUAUACCUCUACAACUCAUCAUUCCACUACUGUCACCCAGACUCCGAGUCACAGCUGGAGCAACGGACACACCGAAAGCAUCAUUUCUGAAAGCCACUCUGUAAUCAUGAUGUCAUCAGUAGAAAACAGUAGGCACAGCAGCCCAACUGGGGGCCCAAGAGGACGUCUUAAUGGCAUGGGAGGCCCUCGUGAAUGUAACAGCUUCCUCAGGCAUGCCAGAGAAACCCCUGACUCCUACCGAGACUCUCCUCAUAGCGAAAGGUAUGUGUCAGCAAUGACCACCCCGGCUCGUAUGUCACCUGUAGAUUUCCACACGCCAAGCUCCCCCAAAUCGCCCCCUUCGGAAAUGUCUGCACCUGUGUCCAGCACGACGGUGUCCAUGCCCUCUAUGGCAGUCAGCCCCUUUGUGGAAGAAGAGAGACCUCUGCUUCUGGUGACACCACCACGGCUGCGGGAGAAGUAUGACCACCACCCUCAGCAAUUCAACUCCUUCCACCACAACCCCGCGCAUGAGAGCAGCAGCCUGCCCCCUAGUCCCUUGAGGAUAGUGGAGGAUGAGGAGUAUGAAACGACCCAGGAGUACGAGCCAGCUCAAGAGCCUGUUAAGAAACUCACCAACAGCCGGCGGGCCAAAAGAACCAAGCCCAAUGGCCACAUUGCCAACAGGUUGGAAAUGGACAGCAACACAAGCGCUGAGAGCAGUAACUCAGAGAGCGAAACAGAAGAUGAAAGAGUAGGUGAAGCCACCCCUUUUCUGGGCAUACAGAACCCCCUGGCAGCCAGUCUCGAGGCAGCACCUGCCUUCCGCCUGGCCGAGAGCAGGACUAACCCAGCAGGCCGCUUCUCGACACAGGAGGAUCUGCAGGCCAGGCUGUCUAGUGUAAUUGCUAACCAAGACCCUAUCGCUGUAUAAAAACCUAAAUAAACACAUAGAUACACCUGUAAAACUUUAUUUUAUAUAAUAAAGUAUUCCACCUUAAAUUAAACAAUUUAUUUUAUUUUAGCAGUUCUGCAAAUAGAAAACAGGAAAAAAAAACUUUUAUAAAUUAAAUAUAUGUAUGUAAAAAUGUGUUAUGUGCCAUAUGUAGCAAUUUUUUACAGUAUUUCCAAAUGAGAAAGAUAUCAAUGGUGCCUUUAUGUUAUGUUAUGUCGAGAGCAAGUUUUGUACCGUUACCGUGAUUGCUUUUCCACAGUAUUUCAGCAAAACCUCCCAUAUAUUCUGUUUUCGCUGGCUUCUUGUGCAUUGCAUUAUGAUGUUGACUGGAUGUAUGAUUUGCAAGACUUGCCACUGUUCCUCCGUUUGCUUAAAGUAGCACCCAAUCAGUACGUCUUGUAAUGGCACAUCCAUCCAAAUACUCCUCUCUUCUGUACGAAGUUUUCUUUUGCUUUCAGUCUAUGAAAUGAGUCGUGUCUACUCUGCCAGCCAAAGGUUUGCUUCACUGGGCUCUGAGAUAAUAGUAGAUCCAACAGCAUGCUACUAUUAAUUACAGCAGGAAACUGCAUUAAGUAAUGUUAAAUAUUAGGAAGAAAGUAAUAUUGUGAUUUUUAAAAUAACUAUAUUAUUCAUCAGAAGACAGCUUGCUCUCACUAAGAGGAGCUAUCACUUAUUUUAUUUCAAUUUAUUUUUCUUGACAAAAAAGCCACAGUUUGGAGGGUAGCAGAGAAAAUGGGGUCUGGCUUGCUAUUAGGGUAAGACCAACACCUUAUCAGAGGACUCAAUGUCACUUUCUCUCUGGGGGAAUGACACAACGGCACAUCUAGUUGAAGAUCAAACCAGGGCUGGGCAAGGUGCAAUCAUUCCUGACUUGCAUUUUUCACUGAUUUUGGAGCUAGUGAUUGGUUCUGUCUUCUUGGCUUGAAAGAGACAUGCGAUGGCACAAACACCCCAGCUCCAACAGCACACUCAGCACUUGUCUGAAAUGCCUAGAGGGAAACGUGCCUGCUGUGCCUAGUGGUGACUGGUCAUCAUAGGGAAAUAGAGUGUCCAGAGGAGGGAUUGGUAGAAGACACAGGUGGAGGGCUGAUGUGUGGCAUGGGUUGCAAUUUUAAACAGUUUUGUUGACCACUCCUUUCUCCUCAUUAGUUUCCUCUUGCUUUUCAAUGUCGCCUUGAUUAGGUCAUGACUAUGCAUGAACAGUUUUGUCAGGAAUGGCCAGCAUGCAUGUGAUUUGUGACUAGUAAGAACAUUCUGAGAGUGAUGCUUCAUCAGGCAACAUCAAUAGUGUUGGAAAGAUUGCACCUUUCCCUGCAGAAACACGACCCCCUCCUGUGUACUGACCUCUUGAUUCCCAGCCUGUAUCACCCAUUUCCUCCUUUGUUUUUGCUUUACUCUCGCAAAACAGGACUAAGAUGGGUCUAAACUUUGCAUGUUCUCUUGGGAUUGUAAAUCCAAGGAAGGCCUAUAGGUAUUAACAUUUGAAAGAACUGCUAAUUCAGGAAAACAAUAGCUUUUUGUAAAAAUUGCAGGCUCCCAUUUUACCUGAUACCUGCCGAAUCUGGCUGGAGCUUUACUGAGGUUCCAAGUAGACUCCUGGGAGCCAUGUGAAAAAAUGGGGAACAGGUUAGCAAGGGGUCCAAAAUACCAGGGGUGAAGUCAAUGCUGCUUGUUGGCAGGUGAACUGAACCUAUUUCUUCACCAAAUUUCUAUGUUAAAGGUUAAGGGGAGAAGAUACAUGCAGGUAGGUCUUAGAAGAAAAAUGUAGGCUGGGCAUGAGUCAUGUCAUUGAGCUCCUACAUGUUUCUACAAUCCACAGAGAUGCCUGAUUGAUUGCAGGUCUUUAAAGUUACUCUGAGUAUUUGAUAUCCCAGGCUGCCCUUCACUGUUCACAUAUCACUUCCUCUGUGCCCAGCAGUGCCCUCAUCAGCUUGUUAAUCCACAUGGAGGGGCCCCUGUCAGGCUGCACAAGUUGCACUGAUUUCCCAGGUCUGUAGACAUGAGUAAGCUCACGGCAGGAGGAAGAAGACAGUCAACCCAAAGAGGUUCUAUAAGUUAUUCAAAUAUUGCCUUUGAGUCAGUCUUGGACUAUUUCCAUAAAAAAUUCCUAUCACAAAUUAAAACUACAACUUUUGCUUCUAAUUCUACAGACUUAGGAGUAUUCACAUGUCUCAUUCUGAAUAAUUUCAAGAAUAAAUAAAAUCUAUCGAGAGCAAUGAACAACAUGAAAAUUGUUGUAAAUUUUCAGGUUACAAAAUAUAUAUGAAAACCUAGGAUAAGAGGAAAGUUUCUUUCCAAUUUGAUUCUAGUCACUCACAGAGGGGGGGCGUUAUUCGGGACAGCAUUACCUGUAAAACAAGAGCUUCCCUUGAUAAGAAAGGCCAGCUGACUCCUCAGGGCUACCUUCUGCGGCCACCGGAUUUGUGUUCACAGGGGCAUCUCUAUGAUGUUUAACUGCCACGUGGCUCUCAACCACCCACCCUGUUUAUAAACUCAGGCAGUGCUGUGGCCAUUCAAAGGAGGGUGAACCUGUGUUCCCAGCGAAUGAAAAGCUUCUGUGGGUUUUUGGGUAAUUGCCCAGAAGUUCCACAGCCGCUCUGCCCCCUGGAAAUCAUGUCCUAAUGAGGGGUAUGCAGUGGAACAUAGUAUAUGCAAACUUCUUUUUCUCACUCGAGAUUCCUUUACUAUCCUACUCUCCCUUCUUGCCUGGUAUGACUUUUUUCCAAGAGUACCUGGACAGCCUCAUGCUUUCUACAAACUAACACUCUACCAGGGUGUAUGUGAAUGUUUUUCAGACACCAACAUGCUGUAGCUUCCUUGUUUAAGUGUGACUGUCUUGAUACAGGUGGAGUUUAUCCAGGGUAACUUGCUCAGUAAUUAUUCCUAUUUUUUUCUGGCCUGGAGUUAAAAGGGGCACAGCUCACAUUGGUGAAAAUAAGGAAGGCUAGUUUUAUUAUUUAGCACUGGCUGCAUUCCACCAGCCACAGAGAUGAGAUUUCUAUCUACAAAGGCCCAUGAAAAACUGAAGAGAAAUGCAGGCAAAGGGAAAUGGCCACAUUUCACAAGUUCUAUUAUAUAUUCUUUUGUAAAUACACCAUGUACAUUACUUAGAUGUUUUCCUAAAUCAUUUACUGUCUUUAUGAGUUAAUGUCAGAAUUUUACUCUCUCAACUUACUGUAUAACAUUGUAAAUAACAUAAUGUCCUUUAUUAUUUAUAUUUAAGCAUCUAACAUAGAGUUGUUUUCAUAUAAGUUUAAGGUAAAUGUCAAAAAUAUAUGUUUUUUGUUUUUCUUCACUUUAAAAUUAUGUAUCUUUUUCUUUUUUUAAAGAAUAAUUUAUUGUUCAGGAGAAAGAAUGUAUAUGUAAUUGAAACUAUUUGAAGAAUGCACAUUUGAAAGCCGUGGGGGUACUGAUAAACUAAAGAAUUCCUUAUCCAAAAUACUAAGCAAUAAGUAAUUGUGAUUUAUUUAAAGUUUUGUUCAUUUUCCAUGAACGAAAUACUGCAAUAAAAAUGCCACUCUGUGGAGACCUGGGAGUGUUGCUCAGCAGACUAACGUUUCAGUCUGUUAGACCAGCACCUUUCGUGUUCCUGCGACAGAUGUGCUAAUAUAGGAAUGUGUUCCAUGGACCCCACAUCAUCUUGUCUGUGCUUUGCUUUGGCCUCACUGUCUAUUCUUGAGUCAUCUGCUGCCUAUUGAUUCUUCUUGCCACUGUAUUCCUUGUUUAAGGGGCCACACCCAAGCAAUAUGAUGCCACCCCCCCACCCAAUACACACAAUAGCAUGUCAGAGAGGACAUUCUAGGCAUGAUCACUGGGUCUUGGUUGUUAACAUGUUCUGUAGUAACAGCAAGAAACUUCUUCAGACUAAUGGAAAUGUCAACAUGGCAACCCAUGCAGUCAUGAGAGGAAAACUUGUAAUUAUCAUUCAAAUAGUCUGAUGGCCACCAUGGCCUCAAAGCAGCCAGUCAGAACCUGGCCAUGCUAAGCUUCCUAUCGCUUCAGUCAAUUUAUUUUCCAUCAGGCUCUUAAUUUAAUGAUUCACUGUUUUAAGAGGAGAUAAGGCUAAAUUGGGCUCAUUCCCCUUGUUCUAUCAAUAAGUUAAACUCAGUGUCCAUCUUACUCCUCAGGGAAGGGCGUAUGCAUGAGAAAUGUCCCAUAUCCUAAAACUCACAGAAAUGAGGAUAUUACUUUUCUUACUGAAAUUAGCCUAAACAAAAGCCAUAUUUUAACGAAUAGUUAUUUGCAUGGGUGGUACUCUUUAUAUAUUUCAAGCAUUUUACUCAAUAUUCCAAACAGGAUAAGGGCAAGAAGAGGUCAGCAAUCCUUUGGGGUAUACAGUGGCCCCCUUUGAAGUCUGAUGAUACCUGAGGCUUCCCAUCAACAUCACAUACAGCCAAAUUAAAUAUCUGGAUAAUUGUUACUAUUCUCCAUUCACUUCAACCCUGUAGACUCUUGCAUGUCAAACACAUGAUUCAUGUUACCUACCAACAGUUCCAGUAGUGUCCUCUCCAAAACAGUCUGGAUGUCUAGAAGAGUCAGAGUGAACUUUAUGCUAGUUUUACUAUUUACAUUACUAAAUUUUCAAAACUAUUCAGAAACCUCGCACUUGUGUCAACUGUGAUUUACAUGCACACACACACACAAAUGCUGAACACACACUAACCCAAAGCCACCACAUUCUUUCACCUAUUCAAUUAAGAAAAUCAAGGAUUGAGCAGAAUUUAAAAAUUAAAGAUGAAGGCAUUUUCCUAUGUCUUCAAAUUUAAGCUGAGGCUUUGACCAUCUCCCAGAUUGAAAACUACAAGCUGUCUUAGUGAUUUCUGUUUAAAAUUGGGUACCAAAGCUAUAUUUGAGGCAGAUGCAUGUAUGGUGGAGGGAGGUAUGGAGAGAGUGAAGAUACACAUAUAGCCAAAUUAAAUAUCUGGAUAAUUGUUACUAUUCUCCAUUCACUUCAACCAUGUAGACUCUUGAAUGUCAAACUCAGGCCAGCUCUCCAAACUAGCAAACAAUCUAUCUUUCCAAUGUAGUGUCUUCCCCAUCAUUUGAUUUCUUUGCUCUCUGUCCUGAUGAUUAAUGAUAAGAGGACUCAAUGUUAAGGAUUUGGGGUUAAGAGAGGCAAUUCUGAAAUCUAGAGAUUUAGGAUGCUGGAAGGAAUGGGCGUUGUUUGGCCUCAUGUGAAUCAGUCUGCACUCCAUCUUUGGCCAGCCCUCCCUGAAAUGGAUAGCAUGAAAUAAACUUAUGAAAACUAUUAGUCCAAAUGAUUAAUUUGGUAGGAAAUAGAAAUGCUUUCAGUUUAUAAAAGACAGAACCAUCCUACUGCUACAAAAACAGCAGUAUUUCUAACCUUUCCGGCUGUUGUUGGUCAAUUAGCUGGGCCCAAUCCUCCAUGUUAUGCUCCUGUUGACAUCCUGAGACUGCGGUUGUUGUACCUCUCUGGUGAGCUAUUGGUUUUGCACUUCAGUGAGUUCCAAAAUAUCAUCCAUAAGGAAAAUAGGAAAGGACUUUGUUACCUGGAGGAAAACCAUCAUGAUCUACCUGAUUCUUUUAAGAACAGAGUAGGAGAAGGAAACCAGUAAUUCCUAAAGAGGAGACAAAAUGUGGCAAUGGUUCCACCCAGGAUCUUUUUCUAACCCUUCCCCUUCAAACUGACUUAUUGAGACAAUUUGAUGGAGGAAACAACAUCCCUUCCCACCCCACAGCAUGCUGAAGAGGUUAGAGAAUUAUUUGUAGAUGUAAGCAUCAUUUAUAGCUUGUAUAGAUUUGCUCAUAAGCAGAAAAAUAACCUGUUAAGUAUAAGUAACAUUUUAUCACAUUUUAUGACUUAAAACAUCCUUUAUCUCCUUUUCAUUCUCACUUUUGACCUUCUAGGAUAUUGAUAUAAUACAUGAUGAGGACAAUUUAGGCUCAGGGAAGUAAAAAUCUUUACUGAAGCUACACACAAGUGAGUUGCAGAGAUAAUAGUAAUAUCAAAGUUUUCUGACUACAAUUCUUAUUUCUACUGACCAUACUCCUCCCAACCCUCUGACCCAAGAACAAACAAAUCUUUCAUUUUUGAUUUUUGAUUACAUGGACAGUACAUGUUACAACCAAAACCAAGUUCCUAUUUGAAAGACAGAGAGCCCCUCUGACUUAGGUUUAGAGAUACUCUAGAACCCAAUUUGCUUGGCUCUAUGUACCUUUCCCUAAACAGAGCUUCCUAAGGAAAUGAAGUGUAGCCAUGGGAAUGAAUUCUCAGUUUCAAUAUGUAGGUAACACCUGCAGCAGAAAGAGUAUAGCACUUAGCAACUUUGUGAAUUUGCACGAUUUCCUUCUUCAAGCUUAUUUCCCGAUCUCUAACAUGGCAAUUCAACGGACUUCACAAGGCUGGGAUGUGGUGGCGAUAAAUUUGAGCACAUGUAAGGAAGCCAUAAAAUGUCCACCCCAUAGUGAUUUUCAAAUACUACCUUUCAUUGCUUUUUCCCUUCCAGAUUCUUAAGAUUUGGAACCUAAGUUUCUCAGUUCUAAAUGACAUACUCUACAUUGCACACACUGAUCAAAUAAACAUAUCAUUUCUCCAGUGUAGUAAGCAAUUAUUUGCAACAAGGAAAUUCCCUUUUUAUAAGAACUAUAUGUUGUGCAGCAUAAUCACUAACCAGCAUUAAAGUUGCAGCUCAAUAACUUCAUGUAUUUUACGUUUGCUUCUUGUGUAGCCAUACCGUUUUACAUGAAGUCUCUAAUUUCAGUGUCUUAUUCUAUUAAUGUUUCAUUAUAAUUCACAGAAAUUUACUAAGACAUAACUCUUUAUACAGUUUUCAUAAUUCCACCUUCAAACUUCAUUGCAAAUAUCUACUAAGACAAACAGACAAAAAGAUCCUAAAUAUAUAGGAUGCCUAUGCACACCAUUUGCCUUAGUUUGCACCCAGAAUGUUUAGACAUAUUUCAUUUUUUAAACUGUAGUCCAAAGGCCCAGCAAAAGGUCUGCCUGCAGGGCAACAACAUCAGAGGAGUUAAGUCUCAGAUUAAUUCCUAAACGUAAGUAACCACUUGGUUUAUAGAUGUUUCUCAGCUGCUCCCAUUACCCAACCAAAAGUUUUUAAGGUUCUACUCACUCUUCACUCUAUGCAUAAAACAGAAUUCUUGUCUUGGGUCCAAAGCAAUUAAUAAUUUAUAGAUUUACGUUUGUUUGAUUCAAUCCUUUAAAAUUUUAUUCUCCAUCAAGGGUGGCAGGUGGCUUGGUCUUAUGAUAUAUAUCACCAGGCUCAUGGCAUAGACAUUGUUAAUAGUAAGAGAGUCUCAUAUAAUUGUCCACAUAGCAUCCUUCAUUUAAAUAAAAAUGUAUUGCAUUGAAAUAAAGUUGUCUUUAUGUUUUAAAAAA